AUGAUCAGCAACCUCUCCUUAUUCUUUAUUCCGUUCCUCCUGAUUCCCUGUAGCAUAUCAGCUCAGCAUUAUGGAAGUUCAAUUGGUGCUCUUUGGUGCCAUCAAGGUUCGCUCAAAGAUUUCGUUCCAACUCAAUGUGCGCCACAAACUCUAGAUUGUUUCAAAUUCAGUUGUGAUCAUAAGGAUGCAGGGUUUGUCGCUCGUGGAUGCGGAGUUUCACUCACCCGAACAGCUACUGGACUAAGAAAUGAGAGUUGUAACCAAGCGUUAGCUCAAUGUCAAGCCUUGAACGGGAUCGGUUCAUGUAACGUUUGCUCAGAAAAACACAUGUGUAAUGAGGAGACAUCGUAUAAUAUUGUAACCACUUUCAUAGUCUCUAUUAUGAUUAGCUCUCUUGUAUGA